UAGCAAAAUGGGAAAGAGGAAGCACAGUUAUUUUGAUCGUUAAUUUUUGUGGGCACAUUCGUUUAAUUCAAAUGGAGCUAAGAUUGAAUAUGCUGACCUUGUGUAGGACCUGCCUACAGGACGGAGAAGCCCACAUGGUGUCCAUCUACGAUUCAGCAGAUGAUAAGCUGCGCGGCGGUAUUUCCCUCUGCGAUAAAAUCGAAAGCUUGAGUGGAAUUCAGAUAAAACCCACGGAGGAGGAGGUUCUGCCUACCAGGAUAUGUCUCAGAUGCAAGGUUUUCCUAACCAUGGCACACAAAUUCCGACAGAUUUGCCAGCGUUCCAAUGAAUUUCUCAGGGAAUACGUGGUAAGAGAUCACAUUGAGCAAGGGCCUAAGGAUGUGGUGGAUCCUGUCCCACAUCCUAAUCCUGCUCCGUCUGCGGAAACGGAGCAGUUCGAACAACUGGAGGUGGAGUUGCUGGAGGAGGAAGCCUGGGCAACCGAAGAUCUGAUUGAUGAGACAACACAACAACCGGUGGAGAAGGAAAAUCCCAUGGUUCUGGCAGAGCAAACAGUUCCUGCCCAAGAUCCUGUUCCUUCUUCAACUCCCUCACCUUCAGUAAUUGCUAAACUUCAUGUGUGCGAGAUCUGUGGCAAUGGGUAUCCCAGGAAAAGUACCCUGGAUACUCACAUGCGGCGGCACAACAAUGAGCGUCCCUACGAAUGCGAGAUCUGUCACAAGUGCUUCCACGUCAACUACCAAUUAAAGCGCCACAUCCGCCAGCACACUGGAGCAAAACCAUACACCUGCCAAUAUUGCCAACGCAGUUUCGCGGAGCGCACUUCUCUCGUCAAGCACGAAAGAACUCAUCGAAAUGAGCGUCCUUAUGCUUGUCAAACGUGUGGCAAAACCUUUACCUACGCCAGUGUUCUUAAAAUGCACCACAAAACACAUACAGGCGAGAAACCUCAUACAUGUCGACUCUGCAGCAAGACCUUUGCUCGCAUUCACAAUUUGGUGGCCCAUCUGCAGACUCAACAACAUGUAAAUGAUCCCCGAUUACCAGCCUAUCUUAAUACGUUCAAAAUGGGAAACGCUUUACCUAUUUCAUAAAAACGCUACCUCGUUCUUAUAGGAAGACGUGGAUCAACAAAUUCCCCAAAUGCAGAAAUAUGUAUACA